AUGCCGUCGCUCGAAGAACCUAAGCAGAACGAGGCCCGGUUGCUGCUCGUCUCCAACCGUCUCCCUAUUACUAUCAAGCGCUCUGAAGAUGGCAAAUAUGACUUCUCCAUGUCCUCGGGUGGCCUGGUCAGUGGAUUGAGUGGAUUGUCCAAGUCGACCACUUUUCAGUGGUACGGCUGGCCCGGACUAGAGGUGCCCGAGGCCGAGAUCCCAGUGGUCAAGCAGCGUUUGAAGGAGGAAUACGGUGCAGUCCCGGUGUUUAUUGACGAUGAGCUAGCCGAUCGCCAUUAUAACGGAUUUUCUAAUUCCAUCCUCUGGCCGCUGUUCCACUACCACCCCGGUGAAAUUACCUUUGACGAGUCGGCUUGGGAAGCCUAUAAGGAAGCCAACCGGCUGUUCGCCAAAGCCAUCGCCAAGGAAGUCAAGGAUGGAGAUUUGAUUUGGGUCCACGAUUACCAUCUCAUGCUCCUCCCGGAGAUGCUGCGUGAGGAGAUCGGCGACAGCAAGCAGAACGUCAAGAUCGGUUUCUUCUUGCAUACUCCCUUCCCGAGUAGCGAGAUCUAUCGCAUUCUUCCCGUUCGCAAUGAGCUUCUCUUGGGCGUUUUGCAUUGUGACCUGAUCGGUUUCCACACCUAUGACUACACCCGGCAUUUCCUGAGCAGUUGCUCGCGUUUAUUGGGACUUGCAACGACGCCUAAUGGAAUCGAGUUCCAGGGCAAGAUUAUUACCUGUGGCGCUUUCCCCAUUGGUAUUGACCCCGAGAAGUUCAAGGAGGGCCUCAAGAAGGAAAAGGUGCAAAAGCGCAUUGCUAUGCUCGAGCAGAAGUUUCAGGGUGUUAAGCUCAUGGUUGGUGUCGACCGUCUGGAUUACAUUAAGGGUGUGCCUCAGAAGCUCCAUGCGCUGGAAGUUUUCCUUAGCGACCACCCAGAGUGGGUGGGUAAGGUCGUCCUCGUGCAAGUGGCUGUGCCGAGUCGACAGGAUGUCGAGGAAUAUCAGAACCUGCGCGCUGUGGUGAACGAACUGGUCGGUCGCAUCAACGGGAAAUUCGGUACUGUUGAGUUUAUGCCCAUUCAUUUCCUCCACAAGUCCGUCAACUUUGACGAACUUAUUGCCCUCUACGCCGUGUCCGAUGCAUGCAUUGUCUCGUCUACUCGUGACGGCAUGAACCUCGUGGCAUACGAGUACAUUGCAACUCAGCAGAAGCGACACGGUGUUCUCGUUCUGUCCGAGUUUGCCGGUGCCGCCCAAAGUCUGAACGGUAGUAUCAUCGUGAACCCCUGGAACACCGAGGAGCUGGCCGGUGCCUACCAGGAGGCCGUCACCAUGAGUGACGAACAGCGUGCACUGAACUUUGCCAAGCUCGACAAAUAUGUUUCUAAAUACACUAGCGCUUUCUGGGGCCAAUCCUUCGUCACCGAAUUGACCCGGAUAUCCAACCAAUCCGCCGACAAGUUCCAAGCAAAGAAGCUCGCCGUGGGUGCGUCCAAUUCCGCUGACGGCAGCGUCACUCCGGAACAGGUCGCGUAG